AAAAGUUACAGAAAUUUCUGAUUACCACAAGCUCUAAAGGGUGGUUUCUGACUUCUCUGCAAGACAAAGUCAUCCUAGGAACUGCACCUGAAUCCACAGGAAAUGCACCACAGCCAGAGCCUUGACAGGUAAAUUAUGGAUUGCUGGAAGGAAGCCAUAAGCCACAGCUGGAUUUAUCCCACGAUGAUCAUCUGCGCAAAUGGAUUUUUCACCACAAUGAGGCCAUCAGAAUCUUUUCUCACCCCCUAUCUAACAGGACCAGACAAAAACCUAACAACUGAAGAGGUUACCAACCAGAUUCUGCCAGUGUGGACAUACUCCUACCUCGCUCUCCUUUUCCCAGUGUUCCUGCUCACAGACUACGUGCGCUACAAGCCCGUCCUCCUCCUGCAGGGCAUCAGCCUCAUCGUCACGUGGCUCCUGCUGCUCUUUGCACAUGGAGUGCUGGCCAUGCAGCUGGUGGAAUUCUUCUACGGCAUGGUCACAGCCACCGAGGUGGCCUAUUACGCCUACAUCUACAGCGUGGUCAGCACCCAACACUACCAGAGGGUCACCAGCUACUGCAGGAGCGUCACUCUGGUGGCAGCCACCGUGGCCGCCGUGCUGGGGCAGCUGCUGGUGUCCUUGGCAGAUGUGUCCUACUUCUACCUCAACGCCAUCAGCUUGGCUUCCGUGUCCCUGGCGUUCCUGUGCGCCUUCUUCCUGCCCAUGCCCCAGAGGAGCAUGUUCUUCCACAGGAAAGAUGCCCCUGGGCCUGUGCCAGGGCCUGCCAAAGGGCUGGCUGUGAGCGCUGCCCGCAGGCCCUCGAGCUGCCAAGAGGAAAGGAGCCCUGAUCCUGCUGCCAGGGCCCCGCGCCCCCAGCCCCAGGCUGGCAAUGCCGGGCCCCUCAGGCACACGCUGAGCGUGCUGCUGCAGCUGGGCAGGGACCUGAGGGAUUGCUACGGCUCCCGCCAGCUCCUCUACUGGUCCCUGUGGUGGGCUCUGGCCACGGCCGGCUUUAACCAGGUGGUGAAUUAUGUCCAGGUGCUGUGGGACUUCCGGGCCCCCUCGCACAGCUCCGCAGUGUACAACGGAGCUGUCGAAGCAAUAGCAACUUUUUUGGGUUCAGCAACAUCCAUGGCAGUUGGAUAUGUUAAAGUCAACUGGGAUCUCUCUGGAGAAUUGGCUUUGGGAAUUUUCUCUGCACUGGAUGCUGGUUCUCUGCUUCUUAUGCACUUCACUGACAACAUCUGGGCAUGUUAUGCUGGUUACCUUGCAUUUAAAGCUUGCUAUAUGCUCCUUAUAACAAUAGCAACGUUUCAGAUUGCUGUCAACCUCAGCAUGGAGCGUUAUGCUUUGAUGUUUGGCCUCAACAACUUUGUUGCACUGGUGAUUCAGACGAUUUUAACUGUUGUUGUAGUAGAUUCAAGAGGUCUGGGACUGGAUAUCAGCACUCAGUUUCUCAUUUAUGGCAGCUACUUCACAGUCAUAACUGGAAUUUUCCUGAUCAGAAGCAUGUACACCAUAAUUUCCAUCAAGUGCAGAAAUACAAGGGCGGCUGCUGAAAGCACUGCCCCUUAACAACCGAGACAAAAGCAAUGGUUACAAGCAACAAUGCAGAAGGCUCCAUCACCUGGACAACAAAUCAGGAGAAAUAUAAUGUUCAAUCAAGCAAAUCUGGUCCAGGUUGAAGCAAGCCAUUUAUGAGCCUACUGCACAGAGAGCUUUGUCAACAGGAUGAUGCAUUUGCUCCAUUUUCUUCACCAGCAGUUUAAUACAAACAUUCCUCAAACAGUCUUCUAAUUCAAGUUUAGUGAUCUGACAUACAAACUUCUAUUAAGGCUUGGUGAGCACAAGGACAUACAAAUGCCUGAACCUCACACCAAAGGAACUCACAGAACAACCUUGGGACUUUCCCUUCUACUGAGUAUUUCAAUUUAAGGCAAUUUAUUUACUGACACAAGACAGACAUGCCCAGGGAAUCUAAAGCAGCUGAACCAUACAAUGACCUGUCAGAAAAUUCACAGAGGCCUUUGGACAUCUUAAAACUUUUUCAACUGGACAUCGCAUCUUACAGAACUCAGGAUGGUCCUGCAAGUGUAACAUCUUCUCACACUUGUAACAGCUGAUGUUUAGGACUGAAGUUUAAUCUAGGAGGUCUCCAUAUUAAUUUCUGUAUAAGGGGCUUAAAGUUAUCAAGUGAAGUGCUUUGAUGCUAAAGCAUAAAAAUACAGCUUUUAGGCAGGUAUGCUAUUUGCAUGAACAAUUGAGGGAACAACUGCAGAGAUUUCCAGGAUAAAAACAUUUAAAAUCAGGGGUGAGAUGCAUCAUUUUGUAAAUAAAGCUAUUUUAAAACCUAAUCUGGUGUCAGUUUAUGCUCAAUAUACAGAAGACUCAAAACAAUGCAAGAUCUUCAGCUUAACUGGAAAUUGACAAAGCUAAAAUCCAUGAACACAGACUAAAGAGGUGUGCUUGUGUAUAGUUGAAAGUAGCAAACUUUUUAUCUGCAGUUAAUUCAGUAAUGAAAACUAAAGUAUUCCACUACUUUGACAGCACAUUCUAAGCUACAUGCCUUGCAUACUUCAAUCAGUUUCAGAAUUUCAGCAGUAAUAUUUGGAUCAGAACAAUCUCUAUAGAUGCUGAUUUCAUUAGCCCUUGCCCAAAGCCUAAUUUACACCACAGUAAGUGAAGAGGGCACAGAACUGUUGCUCUUUCAUAACACUUUUCAUCUCAUUGACAUGACAUCUCUUUGAUUUGAUCCAGUUCUCUGCACUCAGCAGUUUUAAGUAUUCCACAAGCCUACUGAACCCUUGCAGUUCCCCACUCUCCACUGCAUUUUCUAUCUUUGCUCUUACUAUCCAAAGCCAAGGCUGGGGAACAGGGAGAGUUACAACUAUUUACACUGUGCUAAAAUACAGUGGUGAGAGUAAGGGUGUCACUAAUACUCUGCAAACCUCCAGUUGCUGGGAUUUCUUCACUGAAUUCCCCAGAGAAUGUUGGGAACUGAACUGAACGCCACACUCUGUUGAGGAGCCUCCAUCAGAAACAAAAGAGAGCCUUCAAGCCUGUUUUAAAUAUACCAACAGGACAAAACCAGACAUUUAAGUAUGGAAAACUUCCAGCAUGUUUUAUGAGCUGCCUAUCUCCUGCUCGGUAUCUCCAAAGUUUAAAAAACAAACACAAACAAAAAGAAAUCACAACCCCCAUAGGCAGGCAACAAAAGUCAAAAGCAUUAACAUAAAUGUUUUUACAAGCAGAGGUCAAACCUUUCAAAUGCCCUAGAAAAACCUAGCCAACAUUCAGACAGUCAAUUGCAAGUGAAAUGUCUCACCUUGAAUUUUCGUGUUUAUCUCAAAUGGACUUACUUGCAUGUCCUUUUUAAAAAAGGUCAAUCUCACUUUAUUUAUUCCUAUUAUCCUGAAAGCUGUUAGAAUUUUAUUCUCCAGCUGGUCAGAAACCUUUAAGCUUGUAGUUUAUGUAUUCACAACAUACUUACAUUAUUUGCUUAGUUCCAGUAUUACACUUGAACUGUAGCCAAAUUAUCUCUGUUUAAAACACCAACUACUU